UCUCUCACUAGCUAUAGCUAGCUAGCCAUGGAUUCUACCAGCAGCGGCAGGAGAGGUCGUCAGAGUUGCGAGGAGAGCUGCAACAAUGGCGCUCACUGGCCGCCGCCUCAGUCGGCGAGAUGUCUCUGCCUCUACCUCGCCCUCUCGGUCGUCUUCUUCGCGCUCGUCGCCGCCGUGCUGCUCGUCGUGUUCGUCGCGAGGCUCAAGAAGCCGACGUUCUUGCUGCAGUCCGUGCAGAUGGACAGGUCGUUCAGCCUGAUCCAGUCGUCGCUGUCGUCGUCGGCGUCGGCGAACGGCACCGGCGGCGGCGGCGCGAACGCGAACGGGACGGCGUGCUCGGUGGCAACGCUGGUGUUCGCGGCGCAGAACGCCAACGGCAUCGGGAUCAGGUACGGCGCGGCGGCGCUCGGCGUCGCGUACGCGAACGAGUCGGUCGGCGCCGUGGGCGUGCCGGAGUUCUACCAGCCGCCGCGGAGCGCCAACGUGACGGUGCCCGUGCACGCCGUGUUCUCGCAGCCCGACGUGACCCGGCUCGUCGUCGGCGAGCUCUCGGCGCAGCGCAAGUACUUGGAGAUACGGAUCGCCGGGAGCAUCGAUGCGCGCACGCACAUCAUGAACUUCGCUCUGCCCAAGAUUCAGUUUUCGAUUGAUUGCAGGAUAGGAACUAACUACACCGACAUAGUGCACCGGGAAGGGAUCGAGUCUGUAAUUACACGCAAGGCUCUCCUCGUAUCUGAACUGCCUCACGUUUCACAGAAGUGCUCCAUCAAGAUUGACCUGAGAUCAAGGGGAAAGAGGACAAGUCUUGACGAGUUAGGAUGCUGAUUUAAUUUAAGCCGGAGAUUCUUUACCUGUGUAGCACGUACAUACGGCUAUUUUACCUUGGGGAAUUUUUUAUUCGAAACCCGACUUGUGAAAUGUAAAUAUACUAGGUUUCUUCAGUAGCAACUGUUGAUCUGUAUAUUGUGGGAAAUGAUUUAUUGCACUAGAGAUAGAUAGAUGGAUAGAUAAAAGAUCGAUUGAUUGUAAUUUGACACAAUAUGUCUUAUACUCUUAACAUUUUUGCAUUUGUUGCUGAAAAUGUGAGAAAUGUACUUGAGAUAUAAAUUUACAGUCAUCACGCAUGCAUCUGCGAAUGCAUGGAUCCUUUCAA